GAUAAGGAGAAGAAGAAGAAGGAGAGUAUUUUGGACCUCUCCAAAUACAUCGACAAAACAAUCCGAGUGAAAUUCCAAGGUGGGAGGGAAGCAAGUGGUGUCUUGAAAGGAUUUGACCCUCUUCUGAACCUUGUGCUCGAUGGUACCAUCGAAUAUAUGCGAGAUCCAGAUGAUCAAUACAAAUUAACGGAAGACACACGUCAGCUGGGACUUGUGGUCUGCAGAGGGACUUCUGUGGUUCUUAUUUGUCCACAGGAUGGAAUGGAAGCUAUUCCAAACCCUUUCAUUCAGCAGCAAGAUGGCUAAUGCUUUCUUUGGAUUGCCUCUGAAGACUUCAAGGGUGCAAAUCAUUGGAAAGAACUAUCACUGUGUGAGAAGCUCCCUGUUUUGGGGGAGGAGUUUGAUUAUGUAUUUGUUAGUGUGACAGAAUGGUUAACUUUUAUUUUUAUGGCUUUCCAUAAAUGAUGAGAGGAUGGGGCAUGGUGUGUAAGAAGUAAGUUCUGAUUCCCACCCCCCCAAAUAAAUGUGUAACUACAUCAUUUAGAGCUGACAGGAGAGAAUAUAUUGUCAUGGAAUUGUCUGAGACCCUCUUGAUCUUGUGAGUUUUGAAACAACCACAUAAAAUUAGUAAAGAAUGCCCUGAAUAUUGGUUAUUUACAUUUUUAAAUACAUUAAAAAUGUAUUUAAUCUAAAUUAAUCUAAAGCCUAAAUACAUUAGAACAUGUUUUCCUUCCUCUUAGAUGUCAGUACUCAGCUGGGAAGCAUUGUGUUGUAGUCUUCCUGCUG